AUGGGACUUCAGUCAGGGAGAAUGGAGGACCAUCUGAGGCAGAUCCAGACCCCUAUCUGGCAGAGAGCUAUAGUGCUCCUCACCCACGGAGCUGGGAUACCAGGAGGAACCACCGUCGAGGAACACAUCCAAAGGAAGGGCAAGAGUCUGCUGUGGCUUGUGGAGAGGUGUGGGAACAAGUUCCAUGUUCUGGACAGCCAAGCCAGGGACAAAGAGGUUCAGGUCCAAUUGCUGUUGGAGAAAAUGGAUAGGAUGGUGGAGAUAAAUAGCCGCCCAAGGGAAAUACAGGAGAGGUUGUACAGCCAGGUGAGAGAGAGCUUAAGGAUGGAUGGAGGGAAACAGCAGGGAGAGGACAUGGACAUUCUUGUCAUGCAGGACAUGAAGACAAGGCAGAACCAGCAGGUCACAGCAGUGGUACCCAUAGAGACAUCCAAACGUAGGCCAGCUGCGUUUGGCCUUGUGCUGCUGGGAAGAAGAUUUUCUGGGAAGAAUUCAGCAAGAAAUACCAUUCUUGGCAGACCAGAGCAAAAGAACAGUGCAGUGUGUGGUGGGACAGGGAGAGGUGGAAGGGAGGACAGUCACAGUGGUGGACACUCCCGGUUGGAGUCUCUACGGUCUGUCCAACCCGAAGCAGGUCAGACUGGAGAUGAGGCAGUGCAUCCCUGUGCCCCUAUGGGGUAGUUAGUAUGUUCCUCUUGGCCAUACCUGUUGACUACUUCUCAGAGAAGAUAGGCGUGCUGUGGAGAAAUAGCUGAGUGUUUUGGGUGAGGGGGUAUGGAGAAGCACCAUGGUGCUUUUCACCUAUGGUAAUGAGUUAAGAGGCAGAACCAUUGAGAAGCACAUUGAGGAGACUGGAGGCUGCUGGUGAAGUGUGGUCACAGGUACCACAUCUUAGAUAACAAUAUUAAGGGCGACCUAACCCAGAUUCUUGAGCUGUUGGAGAUUGUGGAGCAGCUGUAGAUACUGGAUCAUUCACCUCUGCUGAAAACACCCUGUUAUAUGAAAUGUUUUAAAUUAUACAUUGAUGUUAUUUGCGAUAAAAUUAUUUAAAGUAUGUUCUUGUAUGGCCUAAUCUAAAACAAUGUUUGUUUUCUCUGUAUCCAGUCAAAUAACUUAAAGGUCCGGUUCAGUCAAAGACGUAAUUUUAAUAUAUAUUUCCACACGAGGUUGGAAUAAUACUGUGAAAAUUAUGAUAACGCCCUUUUAGUGUAAGAGUUGUUU